AUGAAUACACCGGGGGCACCGCGAAAACCUCGACGAUCACGGGAAAACGUUCCAGUCACGACCCAGGAUGGUGAAGAAGAAAACAUUGGAGAGCCGGUGAAUGUCUUCUGUGUGGAACCUAGUGACCCAAAUAUCACGAAGCACGAAGAAGACUAUUUCCGCGAAACAUUUGCGAUAAUGAAUGAGUAUGGUGUCGGUGCUGUUUGGCUGUCUGAGGAGAAAGCUAUGAAGGUGACGUCAAAAGAUAGUAGUUUCUAUUUCGUAGCGGCCGUUCCGGGGACGGGUAUUUGA